AUGCUGUUCCCUAUAGUCCUCGUCUCUCAGUUUGCACACUACGCCUAUGCAUUCUCGAUACCGCAACUACCGCGCCUGAGCAACUUCGUGGGCGCGAGCCAUGCUCAGAGUCAACAGCAACCGCUGCAGGAUACCCUCGAUGGCUGGCUAGAGAAAGAAGAGCGGGUAGCGCUGGAAAGACUCUUUGCAAAUGUUGCGCCAGGUGGUAGCAAUGUGAGAGGGAAAGGUGUCGCGCCUGGCACUGUGGUGGCGAGCCCAAGCCAAGAGGAGCCUGAUUAUUGGUAUCAGUGGGUACGAGACGCCGCCAUCACCAUGGACACGCUUGUGGACAUAUACGCCGAUGAUCCAUCCUCCUCUCGCGCCUCAGACAUCUCCACCAUUCUCGACGCAUAUGUCACACUCCAACGCAAGAUCCAGCAAACUCCGAACCCCUCGGGCACUUUUGACAACCUCUCGAGUCUCGGCGAGCCCAAGUUUCAUGUCGACGGUACGCCUUUCACAGGCUCAUGGGGAAGGCCUCAGCGAGACGGUCCUGCAUUGAGGUCGCUAACACUCAUGCAUUAUCUCCGCGAAUACAAUGCCUCACACCCCUCGCCGUGGAACUCCAAGAAGGCUGAGGAGUUUUUCGGACAAUUUUACACUGCGGAGCUGCCACCCCGCAGUGUAAUCAAAGCUGAUCUGGAAUAUGUCAGCCACUACUGGAACGAGUCCAGUUUUGACCUCUGGGAGGAGGUUGAAGGAUUGCAUUUCUUCAACCUCAUGGUCAGUGCCAGAAGCCUGCGAGAAGGCAGCGAACUCGCCCGACUACUCGAAGAUCCAGGAGCGGCAGAAUGGUACGAAGAGCAAGCAGACUACAUCGAAACGCUCCUCGGCAAAUUCUGGAACGCAAAAAAGGGCCAUCUGGUUGAGACGCUCUGGAGCAAACGAACCGGCCUAGACUGCGGUCUCCUCCUCGGCUCCCUCCACGCACUCCCCACCUCGGAAUCACAAGACACAGCCAUCUAUCCCCCCUGGUCCGACGAGGUCCUCCUCUCCCUCCUCGCCCUCACAAACGACCAACGUGCCCGCUUCCCCAUCAACAGCAAUCCCACCGACGACCCAGACACCCCGUCCACGACCCCCUUUGAAGCCACCGGCCUCGGCCGCUACCCAGAAGACCGCUACAACGGCUACACGACCUCGGACUCCUCCACCGGCAACCCCUGGUUCCUCUGCACCUCGACCGCAGCCUCGAUCCUCUACCACACCGCUCACCACCUCUCCCUCACCUCCCACCUCGCCAUCACACCCACCAACCUCCCCUUCUACACCGCCCUCCUCGCCGCCUCCUCACUCAACGUGCAACCCGGCGUCUAUGGCGCCUCGGACGCCCUGUUUCACUCCGUCGUCGAACACGUGCUCGCCGUGGCAGAUGGCUUCUUGGACGUUGUGCGCAGCCAUGUGGAUGCCGAGGGUGCGAUGAGCGAGCAGUUUGAUGCAGAGACGGGGUUUUUGACGGGCGCCAGUGAUUUGACUUGGAGUUAUGGGGCGUUUUUGGGGGCGCUGAGGGCGAGGAGGGGGGUUGGUGGGUUGUGA